AUGGAAAAUAAACAUCAUCGUGGAAGCAGUGUGGUCCACUUUCAGCGUUGGAUCCGUCUCAUGUUUCGGCUCAUGCCAAUGAACGGCCAUGAUAAGACACAUACAUUUUGGUGAGCCCACGUAGCUUUUCCACGUAUAAACAUACCAAGUUCGGUGAUGUGUUCAACACUCCGCAAAUCCUACAUGAACCGACGACCCCAACGAACUCCAGUUAUUCUCGUGUUCAUAUACAGCUUAUCCUCGUCUCCAUAGACCUAAAGAAGAAGAUGGCAUUGCCGAAAAUCGGGUCAUUUCGAUACAAUUUUGACAUGAAGAACAAAGAAAGGAGGGCGAGUUUCAGAUUAUACGAGGAAAACGAAAACAGAGAGAAGAUCCCCUUUUGCAGAAGACUGAGAGACGGAAUCAUUCAUCCGUGGAAAGGCCUGCAAAAGUUCGUAACUAAAGUAUGGGAAUUCGGCCGUUCAGAUCCUCGGAAUGUCAUCUUCUCGGCUAAGCAGGGCUUGGCUCUCAUGAUCAUAUCUCUGCUUGUAUUCUUCAAGGGAAAUCUCAGCCGGUAUGCGGAGUGGGCUGUCUUUACAGUCGUAGUUGUCUUCGAGUUCAGCGUUGGAGCAACGUUUAGCAAAGGAAUCAACAGGGGUAUGGGGACUUUAUCAGCCGGAGGACUUGCGCUUAGCAUUGCAGAAUUAUCGAAACUGGCCGGGAAGUACGAGGAAAUCAUAAUCAUCUUCACCAUCUUCUUUACAGGUUUUUGGACGACCUUUGUGAAAUUGUAUCCAACAAUGCAACAGUACGAAUAUGGAUUUCGGAUUUUCUUGCUGACGUACUGUUUGGUAAUGGUAUCUGGGAAUCAGAACAGGCAAUACAUCCACACGGCGGUCAAUCGAUUCUUUCUAAUAGUUGUUGGUGCCGUUGUUUCAGUAGCGGUAAAUGUAUUAAUCUACCCCAUCUGGUCUGGUGAGGAUCUGCACAACUCAGUGGUGAAGAAUUUCACCAAUGUCGCCAACUCGCUCGAAGGAUCUGUAAAUGGCUAUCUUCGUUGCGUCAAAUAUGAGCGGAUCCCAUCAAUGAUUCUUAUAUACCAAGCAUACGAUGAUCCUCUAUACAGUGGCUACAGGUCGGCUGUCCAAUCUAAGAGCAAAGAAGACUCUCUGAUGGGUUUCGCUGUUUGGGAGCCUCCCCAUGGACCUUACAGGAUGCUAAGAUAUCCAUGGCAGAAGUACCUUGAAUUGAGCGGCGCUCUACGGUAUUGUGCAUUUGUGGUCAUGACAAUGCAUGGAUGCAUGCUUUCAGAGAUACAGGCACCAGCAGAGCGAAGGCAGGUUUUUAGCAGUGAAAUGCAGAGAGUAGGCAUUGCAGGUGCUAAAGUCUUGCGCGAGAUUGGCAACAAAGUCAAGAAGAUGGAGAAACUGGGUUCAGGAGACAUCUUGUUUGAAGUGCACCAGGCAGCAGAGGAGUUGCAAAAGAAGAUAGACAAACGGUCGUACCUUCUUGUCAAUUCAGAGGCCUGGGAGAUUGGGAAUCGGCCUGUGAAUGUGGAAGAUGCUACAGAUGCUCUCGACGUGAUGGAAAGCAAUAACCAAUUUCUUGGGACUAAGUCCCUUAGUGAAGCCGUGCUCGAUCUCAGACCAGUCUCACUAUCAACGAGAUGGGACAAUCGUCAACCCAUCAUGGUACUCAAUUCCUCCAUUCCACCAGGUGGGUCCCCUGAGACACUCUCUCGAGCACAGGUACCUUGGUCUGCAUGGCACUCUUUCAACCAUGGUGCAAUCCCAGAAGAACUCAGCUCAAGAACGUACGAAAGUGCCAGUGCUUUGUCUCUGGCAACUUUUGCUUCCCUUCUGAUUGAAUUUGUAGCAAGGCUUCAAAAUGUCGUCACAACUUUCGAAGAGCUAAGCGAGAAAGCCAAUUUUCAGGAGCCCGUUGAUGGAGCAGCUGAAGAGGUUGUUGGGUUUUGGACCAGAUUGAGUAGGCUCUUGAGAUUCAAGGAUUGAAAAUUGAGAUCACAUGAUUAUUUAGAAGUGGAAAGAAUAAUCAAUUGACACAAUGAGCUAUGAACAUGCAAUCUUUCGAAAUAAUAAAGCAGCGAGUUUAAUUAAUGGGAGCUUUGUAACUUUGAGAAGUAUCUCUAAUCGCUGCGUUUGGAUACUGUAGCAGAAUUGAACAAAAGUUAGCAGUUCCAAGAGUUGGAAACCAAAUUUCAUUUACUCUACUAAAUUCAUAUUGAGAGACAGGCCUUCACUUGUAAUUCUGUUUCUCUAAAGUUGGACUUGAUUGGAAUGUAACUAAAAUGUGGGGAGCACUUCAUAAAUACUAGAAAUGUCACUCCAGUUUGAUCGUA